AUGCAAAAUUUUCACGGGUCAAACAUUGCGUGUUCAUUCGAAAUAAAUCGAGCUUCUGAACAUACAACCUCAGGUCGUGUAAUGUACGUAAUACCGUUUUCGUUGGGUCCAAUUGGUUCAAAGAACUCGCUCAACUGCAUCCAAAUAACCGAUAGUGAAUAUGUGGCCAUAAUGACAAGUAUUUGCGCACGGGUGUCCUCGUCGGUGUGGGAUAGUAUGGAAAACGGGAAUUUCAUCGGGUGUGUUCAUUCAGUUGGUGUUCCUCGACCCGUAAACCUCAAUAACGCCACCACCAAUGUGAGUUAA